AGUUGGAGAGAGAGGGGGAGGCGGGAAAGCCGUUCCGGCUGUCGGCGGCAGUGUUUGUCCCGUUUACGUGCGAGAGGGAUCCGCUGCUCCCUGCUGGUAGUUCGGGCGAUAAUAGAUGCCGCGGUUCUUGAAGCGGGACGGCAUGUUCUCGACGCCCGCCGGCCUCUGGUCAGACGGAGGGGAGCUGAUGGUGUGUGAGCCGGGAGGCGUCGAGACGCCUGGCGCCCGGUCACAGACAGACUCCGCGAAGGAGGCCGUGGCCCUGCAGAGUAAUAGCACGAGGCCAAGCCGGUUACUGUCCCCCACCGUGUACAGUAACCCCCGGAGUAAGAAGUGGCCGGCCCGUCUCUGCUCAAUGCUGUGUUGUGUCGUUGUGAUAUCGUUCAUUGCCUUUCUUCUCGCGGUCAUGUACUUAAUCUUCAAAGAUUUACGCUGGGACAGAGAAAACAGUGAGGAUGGUGUUAAGACUGGCAUUUUAGGCCUUUGGAGUUCGUUGGUUUUGGCAUUGAUGGCUGGGCUGUCGUGUUGCAGUUUCUCGUGGACAUUGACGUAUUUUGAUUCAUUUGAACCCGGAAUGUUUCCACCGACGCCCCUGUCGCCUGCUCGAUUUAGGAAAUUAACAGGUCAUUCAUUCCACAUGGGCUACAACAUGGCGAUCCUGAAUGGCAUUACCACAGCUUUGGCUGUAAUUUGGUGGUUCACCUAAAAUCAGCUUUGCCAAUAGCAUUGACUACUGCUGACCCCUCCAGACAAGCAAGCUUUCUUCGAAAUAAUUACAUUCCUGAGAGGACCAUUGGAAACAACUUUUUUUAAAAAAUACUUCAACAUAAACUUUUAUGAUUGACACGAUUCUAUUGCUAUUAACUUAACUUAAGCUUUAAUGCUGUUGGUUUUUUCUCACUGUCUUUUCAAGUUGUUCGUUAAAAUCUUUCAUUUGAGAAUUUAACCUUCUUUUAGGUCAGUAAAGGAAUUGUCAGAUUGUUUAGGUGAGAACACGUCAUCUUAUGGUUCCAAAAUAUGACUUUAAUCUUUGCCUAUAAAAGGAACUGAUGAACUGUAAUGAGAUGCUUUGGUUUUGAAAACUUCAAUGGAUUGCAUUGUUGCAAGCUACAUGCUUAUGACCUCGUGGGUAUCCAAAACAUUAACAGCUUCAGACAGUACAUUUUGUUGUUGACUUCAAAUCUAUGCAAAUAUUGCAACCUGACCUGCAGAUGUAUUUUUGAAUAAUUUUCUUUUAUGUCUAGCAACAUGGAAUUGGGAGAAUAGAUAGAAGGAGUAUGAUGACUUCUGGGCACUAAACGCUAAGUAAUUGACACCUAAUUAGUUGAGUCAGAUCUUCUCUUUAGCUUCUUGUAUCUAUCAUAGUGCUACAUGCUAACAUGACUGGUGAAACUAACCAUGUUUCAUUGCAGAUUCCUCUCAAAUUUUGAGAUAAAACUUUCAGGAAAUUGUUGACAUAAAGAUGGACAUUUUAUCCCCACUCUUAAAAUACCUCCAUAUUUUCACUAUAAUUUAUUGCUUCGUGUUACUGUCAAAACUUUCACACCAAUAGUUUGCUUUGAGUUGUCAGUCAUCCGAAAAUCAUUUGGUAAUAUGUGAAACUUGCUGCUGACGAUGUUGAUUGUAUUAAAAUCUAUUUGGAUUUGUACAGUCAUUCAAAUAAUAUUGCUAAUGCAGUGAGUUUAUUUUCAUAUAGGGAUUAUUUGUUCUACAGAAACCCAGUUACAGAAUGUCUAUUUUGUCUGAUAGUUUCCUAAUAAUACCAGUGUAUUCUGUUCAAUGAGAUGAACCAAUGUUUAUGAUGUAAAUACUAGUUUCCAUUCAAAGUAACUUUAUAUCAUGUGGAGUUCUAUUUGUUAGCAUUCAUUAUCAUGAGGAUUAAGGGAGAGGACAGAUUUUUUUUUCCCCAUGAACUAAAGUAGAGCCUCUGAACUUCAAUAUAUUAUUUGAAUAGAUUCCUCUCAGGUUAAAUUUUGUUUAUAGGAAAAAUAAAAUUGUAAUAUCGAUUGUGACCUAAAAUAUACUUUGACUUAAUAGGUACUUACUACUUCAGUAUGAAUGCUAUUAAGUUGAUGAUUUGAUAAAUUCAUCUCAAUUACAACAAAACAUUUCAUAGUGGCAUGUUCACCUUUUGAGAUAUUUGUGAAUUAUAUGAUAACCUUACACUCUUCAGUCAAAUCACUGAUUCUAGAACUACUGUAAGUACAAAUACUUGUAUUUGUGAAUUUGGUAUGGUUAAAGAAUUAUAACCAGGUUUACAUUUCUUGUUAAUUUUUUAUCUUGCAUUUGUUUGAAAAGCAAACUUACCCAUAAAUCCUAUUAACUUUUCACUGCUUAAUGGUAUUUUUGCAAAAAGCUACAAAUAACACUUUGGUGAAAUAUUAAAGUAAUAGACACUUGAAAUCUGCACUUGUUUUCACUCAUUACUGUUUGGACAAUAAAAUUGAUUCAGGUCUCAACUGGCAUUUCGGGGGUUUUAAAUUUGUUUCCACUCACCUAAACUGAUGUUUUUAAUACUUUUUUUUUUAAAAAGAGAAGAAUUGAAAGUUAAUUUCAAACCACCUUCAUGAUUUGCAAUUUCUGUGGAGUUCAGUUGUCCAAUAUUAAAUUUUCCUGUGUCACCUCAUGCAAUAUACAUUUAAGCACUUAUAAAGUGGCAGCAAUCUGAACACUGAUUUACCAGAAUGAGGUCAAAUUUCUGCAAAAGUAUAAAAAUUUACAUUUAUUUUCUUAUUAUCUUGAUUUGAAGCUAAUUUAUAAUGUACAGAAUGACUAUGUUCUAUGUUUCAACUACUAUUGAAGGCAAUUUACUGUUAAACUCUUUGCAUAUAAUUCAUGUUGCAACUGAUAUUCUGUUGUGGGGUGAAAGGCCAUGGCAAAGAAUUAUCCAUGUGCACUCCUGUUUAAUUCAUUUGGGAAAACUUCGUCCUUGGUGCUGAUGCUGUCAAAUAGCAAUGCAGUACUUUCCUGUAGGGAAUGAACAAUGGAAAGAUAUUCAUGUUGUCAUACUUUCUUGAACUUUUUCAGCAGUCUCAAUUUUGGAAACCAUCUGAACUAUCUGAAGGAAAUUGCUAUAUUCUUCUAUCCAUUGUGACAACAUUUGAUUCUUUAACAGAUAUUAUUUCCAAUAUUUAAAUAUAUUUUCACUGAAUUGACAAAGUUCAAUAAUACAAAUGUUUUCAUUAUUAAUCCAUUAUUAAAGUUCAGUAAUAGUUAUUUUUAUAAACCUGUAUUAGAACUGUGAUGUAGGUGAGCUGAUAUUCAAAUUGUCCUAACCACCGUGAUCAACAGGUCUUCCUGAUUAAGGAAGAUUACAACAAAGUGACUUUUUUAAAAAAUCCCACUUUUCAUUUGAUUGUCAGUUUGUGCCUCAUCCUGGGAAAUUUUAUGAUCUGAUUUUCUUAACUGGAGCAAGGUUGCAGCUACACAUGGUUUCUGCAAAACCAACAGAGCAAGUGAAACAUUAUCUUCCUAGUAGUCUGAUCAGGCUGAAAUAUCUUUAAGAUUGGUGAGUAAUUGUACUGUUGUAUCUUUAAAUGAAAUAAUACAAUAUUAUCCAUCAUGGUUGGAAUUUGAUUUUUUGACAAAUAAAAUUAUAUUUCAAUAUU